CUCUCCACCCCCUCACUCCCUCUUCCUAGUGAUAGCUGUGAGCAAUGAUCAGUAGCAGGGAUGAGCACCAGGGAGAAAGGGAAAAGCAGUGCUUCAUUAUUUAACUCUGGACUAGCAUUGGAUGUACAAAAGAAAGCAGCCAAAAGAAAGCAAUAGCUCUCCUUCAAACUGUGCAGCAUGGACAUUGCCCUGCAUACAACUUAAACUCGGACCAAAUGCCCAAGGACUCUUGUUCAUUUCUGGAUCUGAUGUAUACAGUGGAGCCAGUUUUUCUCAUUAAAGUGGUUUAACCCUUGCAAGGCAUGCGUAUGUAGUAACUCAAGAUAUAUGCCUUUGGUUACUGUUCAUCAAAUGUGGGACUGUGCCAUGGGGAAUCAAUGCUCAGUAAGUUCUGAUCCCAGCUGAAAUGAAACUGUUAGAAGAUACAGAGCCAUUUGCUGGAUGCUAUUCUUGUUGGAAACAUGUGCUACUAGGAAUCCAUUAAACUAACCCUAUCUCCAAGCUGAAUACACAUAUCCAUGUGCCUCUAGUGGAAUAAGUAAGAGGAGGGUGCUGUGUCCCAUUACAGAACCUAAGUGAGAAUUAUGAUAGCAACUGGAGGAGUUAUAACUGGACUGGCAGCCUUAAAAAGGCAAGACUCUGCCAGAUCUCAGCACCUGCUGUCACGACCUACUUCACCACCUCCAGAUAAAAAACCAGUGAGACGGCGACCAAGAGCAGACGUAGUCAUUGUGCGAGGAAAAAUUCGUCUUUACUCUCCAUCUGGCUUUUUUCUUAUCCUGGGAGUGUUAAUAUCUGUAGCAGGAAUAGCCAUGGCAGUACUUGGAUACUGGCCUCAGAAAGAGGCAUUUUUAGCUUCUGAAGUUAGAGUUGAGGUUAACCGAACCAAAAUUUUGGAAAAAGCUGGGGUUAUGGUAAAAUUCUUUGAACAACAUCUACACUCAGAAAAGAUGAAAAUGUUAGGUCCGUUUACCAUGGGGAUUGGAAUAUUUAUUUUUAUCUGUGCCAAUGCUAUCCUUCAUGAAAACCGGGACAAGGAAACUAAAGUUAUUCAUAUGAGAGACAUCUAUUCAACUGUCAUAGAUAUUCACAGUACAAGAAUCAAGGAACAGAAGCAUUUAAAUGGCACAUUUUCUGGCUUGCAUGGAGAAUCUGAAUUCAGACAUUCUGAAAAUACAUGUGCAUCUAAAUUGGCAGCAAAUACAAUUGCAUCAUUUUCUGGAAUGAGUGACAGCUACAAAAGUUUCAGCUCUAUGGGGGAUGAGGAAAACCAUCCUCGUGAAACCAAGACCUUUGCAAAUUUGUUACCACCACUUCUCAUGGAAGGCUCUGGUUCCGUUUUUGGAAUUCCUUGUCAUUCAAACAAAUUAGGAGAUGAGAAGUAUAGUGGUUCCAAAAAAUGUGAGACAAAGUCAAUUGUAUCUUCAUCUAUUAAUGCCUUUACAUUGCCUGUAAUAAAACUGAAUAACUGUGUCAUUGAUGAACCGGAUAUUGAUAACAUCACAGAAGACUCGGAAAUUAAUAGUAGCAGACCGAGGAACGUGUCAGUGGAUUCAUUAUCUGUUCCUUCCCCAGAUAUUAUCAGGCCUUUUAAACCUACCAAUGCACCCCUAAUAAGAAGCUAUUCUAUUAUGGAACCACUGCCAAGUAACCAUUCCCCCACACCUAUACCAAGCACUGGACAGCUUUUAUCUCCUGGAGCUGCUCGCAAGCCGUUUGGAUCUAAUACUUCUUUGCAUAUUUUAUCCGCUCAUUCAAAAUCUUUAGACUUAGAAAGAGGUCAUUCUACCUUAACUGUACAAGCUGAACAAAGAAAGCACCCCAGCUGGCCUAGACUUGACCGAAGCAAUAGCAAAGGGUAUAUGAAGCUUGAAAACAAAGAGGACCCAAUGGACAGGCUGAUUGUGCCCCCAGCUCAAUCUGCUAAAAAGGACUACACAAACAAGGAGAAACUCUUGAUGAUUUCACGGUCCCACAAUAACUUAAGUUUUGAACAUGAUGAAUUUUUGAGUAACAACCUUAAAAGAGGCACCUCCGAAACAAGAUUUUAAUAUGAAAUAAAAUAUGUUUAUCAUCAUAAAUUAGAAGUAUUUUUCCUCUUGAGAAUGUGUAUAUAAUAUUUUUUAACCAAAAGAUAUAAAGUGCAGAUAACUGUAUAUCUGCAAGACUUUAUUACUCUGUGGGUUGUGUAAGCCAAAGAAGCGUUCCCAUGGAAUCUUAUUGCUUACUUACAUCAUUUUAAUUGUCCUAUAUCUUGCCUACAGAAAAUGUGUGGGUUAUUUUAUGUGCUGUAUUUUAUAUAUUUAUAAUGAAACUAGUAAUAAUAUUGCCUAUUAAGGUUUAACAGUGAAAUUAUUAGGCAUUUGAAAUCCACAUGAAAUAUGAUAUAUUUAUGAAAGAAGUGAAACUAAUUUUUAAACUGUAUGAACUUACACCAUGUGAAAAUGUUUUCACUAAACAAUCAACUGUGUUUUUUUUAAUCAAAAUAUAAUUUCAAAGAUUUAUAUCUGGAUAUAUAAAGAUGUCAGGUAAUUCUUUUGCAUCUGAAUAAUUUACCUUUCAUCCCUUUUUAAUUUGAUGACUUGUAUAGGGCAAUUGUAAACUUUUCCUUAAAGGGGACCUGUCACCCAGACUUAAAAAGCUGUAUAAUAAAAGUCCUUUUAAAAUAAAACAUGAAACCCAUAUUUUUUAUUUUAUUAAAACAUCCAAGCCUGGUAUAAACGUAUUUAGAAUUUCAGCCAAUCAUAUAUUGCCUUCCCCACAUCUAUUAAUGAGGCACAGCAAUCACUUUCACUUUAAUUUCUACAACUCCUACACUCACUAUAUUCCCAUUCCUUUCCCAAUGUCUGUAAUUGCGUAGCCUGUGCAUGGGCACAUGCAUCAGGUCCUCCUUUCUUGUGCAUACAUGAGAUUUUUGGAUAAUGCAAAGUUUGGCUUGAUAACAGUUUACACAUUCUUAUAUUGACUGACAUAAUAAACUGGGACUUGGGCAUAUUUAUUAGGGUGACAGGUCCCACUUCAUUUUCAUGCAGUGUUCUUUUUUUUAUUCUUUUGCAGGAUUUUUUUAAACAAAUGUUUUUUUAAGAGAUAAAAAGCUUGUCUGGUUUUAGUUGGUAAUUUUGUAAUUUUUGAAAAAGACACUUAUGAAAAAUAAUCCUACACACAGGGAAAAAUGCAAUUAGUGCAAGAAAACACAAGAGUUUUCUUUUAUUUUACAUCAUUCAACCCUAGGGGGGUUAUUUAUCUCAAUAUUUUCUGAAAAAAACUGGGC